AUGUCUAACCUUGCGAGCGAACCCGAAUUCGAGCAGGCCUACAAGGAGCUGGCCAGCACCCUCGAAGACAGCACCCUCUUCAAGGAGCACCCCGAGUACCGCACCGCCCUCGAGGUCGUGUCAAUCCCCGAGCGUGUGCUGCAGUUCCGCGUCACCUGGGAGGACGACAAGGGCGUGCUGCGCGUGAACCGAGGCUACCGAGUGCAGUUCAACUCGGCCCUGGGCCCGUACAAGGGUGGACUUCGGUUCCAUCCCACUGUCAACUUGUCCAUUCUCAAGUUUCUCGGUUUUGAGCAAAUCUUUAAGAAUGCUCUGACUGGCCUCAGCAUGGGUGGUGGCAAGGGAGGCUCCGACUUCGACCCCAAGGGCAAGUCGGACAACGAGAUCCGCCGCUUCUGCCAGGCCUUUAUGCGCGAGCUGUCCCGCCACAUCGGCGCCGACACGGACGUGCCCGCCGGCGACAUUGGCGUGUCCGGCCGCGAGAUUGGCUACAUGUUCGGUGCCUAUCGUCAGGCGCGCAACCGCUUCGAGGGCGUGCUCACCGGCAAGGGCCUGGGCUGGGCCGGCAGCCUGAUCCGCCCCGAGGCCACGGGCUACGGGCUCGUCUACUACGUCGAGCACAUGCUGCAGCACGCCGGCCAGGGCAGCCUCGCCGGCAAGCGCGUGGCCAUCUCGGGCUCCGGCAACGUGGCCCAGUACGCGGCGCUCAAGUGCAUCGAGCUGGGCGCCACCGUCGUGUCGCUGUCCGACUCCAAGGGCUCGCUGGUCGCCCCCGAGGACGGCGCCUUCACGCCGGAGCACAUCACCGCCAUUGCCGACCUCAAGACCCAGCGACGCCCGCUGACCGACUUCCACUACGCCGACAAGUUCAAGUACUACCACGGCGCCCGGCCCUGGGUCCACGUCGGCAAGGUGGACGUCGCGCUGCCGUCGGCGACGCAGAACGAGAUCAACAAGGCCGAGGCCGAGACGCUCGUCGCCAACGGCGUGCUGGUCGUCGCCGAGGGCUCCAACAUGGGCUGCACGCAGGAGGCCAUCGACCUGUUCGAGGCCCAGCGCAAGGUGAACGGCCAAAAGUCCGUCUGGUACGCCCCCGGCAAGGCCGCCAACUGCGGCGGUGUCGCCGUCUCUGGCCUCGAGAUGGCCCAGAACAGCCAGCGCCUCACCUGGACCGAGAAGGAGGUCGACGACAAGCUCAAGUGCAUCAUGAAGAGCGCGUUCCUGGCCGGUCUCGAGACGGCGCAAAAGUACGUCGCCUCCAAGGAGGGCGAGCUGCCCAGCUUGGUGGCCGGCAGCAACAUUGCCGGCUUCGUCAAGGUCGCCGAGGCCAUGCGUGACCAGGGUGACUGGUGGGCUUAA